AUGUCGAUGAUAUCUAGUGCCACUCUCCGCACGAAGACUGGAUGCUUGACUUGCCGCGCGAGACGCAAGAAAUGUAAUGAACAGAGGCCUCGGUGUGAGAAAUGUGUCAAAUCGAAACGAACGUGUUCAUGGCCUGCUGAGGAUGACUUGUUUGAUCGUCGGCAUCGCCGUCCUUCGCGACCACCUAAAUCGCCUUCCCGGUCACCGGAGACCAUAGUGAUCCAAAGAAGUCCUCCAUUGGCAUCGGAACUUUUAGCAGAAACCGAUGCCUGGCCUUUUUUCAUUUGUCGAGAACUCUCCAUCAACUCGGAUCUUUUCUCGGGGACAAUCUUUAAAUCAGAUCUGGAGAUGGAUUGCUUUCGCCAAUUUGUCAAUGGGUUCUUGCCAUUAUUGAUUCUCACGAAUACACACCCUGGAUUCAAGUCCGAAUUUAUUCCGGAGGUGGUUGAUAUGAUUCUUCAAUUUGACGGAUUAAAGGACAUUGCAUUGGCUUGUGGUGCCUCUCGCCUGCAUGCGCUCUCGGGCAGGACCGAGAUGAAUGAAGCCGGAAUCAUUUAUUACUCUCGUGCUAUGUCUGAAGUCCACCAGGCACUCAACUCGAUCGAUUGGAGUCGCGAGGUCUUCAGUGAUGCGGUGUUGAUGGCCAUCAUCUUCCUCUAUGUCCACGGAGUAUUCACAAUCGACACCUACAAGGACAUUCCCCGACAUCUGAGCGGGGCCAUCCAGCUCAUUAAUCUCCGCUGCGUCGAAUGUCGCCAUCCACCUUUGGCACGACCGAUCCAUCGGAUUGUCUGGGAGAGCAUUCUCUAUCAAGUCUUUCGACAAACCGUGAGACAUCCUUUCGCGGCGGAUUUUCAACCCGAUUUCGAAUUCUGCGCCAAGGCAGAAGAGAUCCUGCAAUCGUUGACCUUUCCCGAUGCAUCAGAGGCAGAGAAUAGUCCCGUCAUUGGAUUUCCGCUGAGUCUCCAGAAAUUCAUCAUUGAGAUUGUGCAAUUAUGUAAGAGUCCAUUCAGGCCUCAGGCAAGUAUCUUGUUGGAACUCGGCCGUGAAAUGAGGUAUUGGGAGAGCACGAUCCCCGAGAAAGGUCAUUGCAUCAAGAAGGAGGGCCAGAAUUUCACCGGAUCGACGCCGGCUGAACGAGCCCAAGCCUUUCACCAGCAUUCGACGAGCUUGCACGUUUUAGCGGCCUCCCUCCUCUUCAACUGGGUAUGUGAAUCGCACGAGAUUUCGGGGGCAGAGGAGGUAUUCUCCCUGCCACCUCCGAGCAAUUCGUGGCAAGUUAGAAGGGCUCUGGAGAUUAUGCGGUGCCCUCAAGCGAACAAAGAUUGGUCACGGUGUUAUCUUGGGUCGUGGCCGACGUUGAUUUUCGGAUACGCUGUCGAUAAGCCGGAAGACAUGGCCUUGAUCAGAAGAGAUCUAGAGGAGAGAUUCCAGGUAUUGUACAGUGGAGAGGAAUUGCUGUUUCUCAGUGAAUUGGAGUCGAUCUGGCGGACGAGAGGAAUCUAUGGGUCGGACUACUAG